AAUUAUCUCUGAAAUCCAAGUACCGACGGUUAGCCGGAGCGAGCUAACGAGAUGGGGUGUCCCGGAGACACAUUUUUUCGCCUUAACGGGCACUUUUACGUUUUGAACGGACAGUCAUGACGAAGGCGAGUGUUUACGAACUGUGGAAACAAACCGACUGUGUGGAUAUCAGCUUGAAAAGAGAGCAUUUGUUGACUUUGGUCGGACGGCGAGGCGGCUUGCGGUGUAAGCUAGCGAUAAGUGGUGGUUCUCGCUCCCGGGUGCCGUGCAAAACAAGACCAACCCGUGUCAUUAUACGUACUAACAUACCUCAUAUUUUAAGUUGAUGUUGUUUUUUAUUUUUUCUUAAAUCUCCGUGUGCCGUAAAGUAUUUGUAACAGAAAAAACCUCUGUUAGUGUGUCGCCGUCGAGCUGAGUAAGUCUCUUAACGGACUGGGAUUUUUUUUUUUUGACCCACCGGCUCUCUCUCUCUCUCGACCAAGCAACCUACACACACAAAACAAACAAAAAAACAACUGAAGAAUCGUUUUGCCUCGGUGUUAAAACCACAUAACCCGAGAAAACAAGCUUCCAUUUGUCGCCUGGUAACAUUAGACCGCCUACUUUAUGUAAAAGGGGGCUGGCAAAAGGCAAAAAGAGACGGUGUGGAGAGCAGGGAUCAUUCAGUAAAUAACUCUACCUCGCUGGUCCGUGAAGGCGACACCGGUACACGAGUGCUGUUGGCAAGGAAACUGCAUCCUCUUUCAUUUAAGUGAUGGGGAACCAAUAGUGGAGUUAUUUUAGGACUUUUUUCCUCCACGGACCAGAAGUGCUGAACUGAUGUGCUAUUUUUUACUUUUAUUUAAUGUGAGUUUGAGUCACUCGUAAUGAGGCCUGACCCGCUUCCAGCAGCGAGCAGCAGCGGUGAGAGUUGGGCACAGCAGCCGGGCGUUUGCAAAACAUUUACUGUGAGUUAGCCUGUGAGUUAUGAAUUGUCGGGGAUAGUCUGAGGAACUGUUAGUGAACUUUGCCGCUGUCGAUACUAUCGGAUUUCCCCGAAGAUGGAGACCGGGAUCCAGCCUCACCAGGCCGAGAUGUUCGUCCACCCGCUGGCCAACCCCACAGCUGUAGGGAUUUGCCCUGAAAUGCUGGAGGUGGCAGAGGAGGCUAACCGGGCUGGUGACUUCAACCUGGCCGUGGACAUCUACAGCUCCCAGCUCGCCGACCUCCAGCAGCCGGACCGGGGCUUGUGCCUACGCAAAGCCGACUCUCUGGCACGGGCUGGCCGGAUAUCCGACGCGCUUGACUCCUACUGCACAGCGGCUAGCCUGGGCAAGCUGAGACCCGAGGAGCUGAGCCUCCUGGUGGAGACCAUCGCCCGCAGCCUCCGGGAGAAAGAGCUGAAGAUAACCGGGGUGAACGGACAUGUGAAAAGCGGCACGCACAGCAACGGGGAAGACGGGGGUGAAGCCGACGGGGAGAUGGAAGAUGAGGCUCUGGACCUGUUUUCCUGCAUACUCUGCAGGUGUCUGCUGCAUGAACCCACGACUCUGGAGUGCGGCCACACGUUCUGCAAACGCUGCCUGGAGGACGACUCCGUGAAAGACUGCAGACACUGCAAGCACAAACUGAGCAAGAAAGACGGGAAGGGGGUGCCCGGCGGUCUGAGGCUGAACGUGGUCCUCAGCGGUCUGCUGGAUAAGUGGUUCGCCUCCGAGAGCAAAGCCAGGAGGCACUGGGUAGAGGGAGAGGUGUUGAGGGAAAAACAGAACCUCAAGGAUGCUUUGGAGAAAUACAACACGGCGGUGGAGCUAGCGCCCUCUUCAGGCCGCCUGCUGAGCCAGCGAGCCAAGCUGCACAUGGAGAUGAGGAGCUUCAGUCUGGCAGUUCAGGAUGCCACCAGCCUCUGCAGGAUGAAACCCCUCUGGCCCAAGGCUCACUAUCUGAAAGCCACGGCGCUGAGUAAAGCCGGCCGGAACGACGAGGCCCUGCAGGAAUACUUCCUGUGUGUGGCGCUCAGGCCGGACUGGACCAAAGUCAAGAUGGAGGCUCAGAAGGUGCUGGGCGAGCUGUUCUCGUCCGUGUUUGAGAGGGAAGAUCUGCCCACGCCGCUGCACCCCCUGCAGGGCGGAGCUGCCACCCGCCUCAUCAAACCCACCGCCCUGCUCAGCUCCCUCACACAGAGACCCAGCUGCUCUUCACAGGACUCAGAGUUCAGCAUAACCAAGAGCCCGGCUGACGACAUGUCCUCCAGACUCUCUCCUCUGUCUCCUGCUAAAUGUGACCCGGCAGAGGUCAGCAGCAAGAGCCUGGCCAGCGUCCUGGCAGCGCUGCCGGCGCCCCCCAAUGGCCUUAAGAGGAAACACACAGGAGACGGCCACGUGGUGGGCUUCAGCCCCCCCUCCAAGAUGCUCAGACCAGACGAGGCGAGCUGCUCUCAGAAGGCGGCGUGUGGAGGCAGGACUGUUCCCGCCCAGCUGCUGGACAGUGGAGACAUGGAGUGCUCCCUCUGCAUGAGGCUGUUCUAUGAGCCCGUGGCCACGCCGUGUGGUCACACCUUCUGCCUCAAAUGUCUGGAGCGCUGCCUGGACCACAACCCCAACUGUCCGCUCUGCAAGGAGAACCUGGCCGAGUAUCUGGCCACCAGGGGCUACAACAAGACUCUGCUGAUGGAGGAGGUGCUGCAGCGUUACCUUGGAGACGAGCUGGCAGAGAGGAAGAAGAUUCAUGAGGAGGAGAUGAAGGAGCUGUCCAAUUUGAACCUGGAAGUGCCCAUCUUCGUUUGCACCAUGGCCUUCCCCACCAUCCCCUGCCCGCUGCACGUGUUCGAGCCGCGAUACCGCCUCAUGAUCCGCCGCUCCAUGGAGACCGGCACCAAGCAGUUCGGCAUGUGCAUCUCCGACGAGGUCAAAGGCUUCGCCGACUACGGCUGCAUGCUGGAGGUGCGUGACGUGAAGUUCUUCCCUGACGGACGCUCAGUCGUCGACACCAUCGGCGUCUCGCGCUUCAGAGUGCUGAGCCACGGCCAGAGAGACGGCUACAACACCGCCAAGAUCGAGUACCUGGAGGACAGGAAGGUUGAGGGGGAGGAGCUUGUGGAGCUGCUGAAGCUGCAUGACUCUGUGUACGAGCAGGCCAGCAGCUGGUUCACCUCCCUGAAGGACAACAUGAAGAGCCAGAUCCUGAGCCACUUCGGACACCUGCCCAGCAAAGACCCCGACCCGCAGGCCAGCCCCAGCGGCCCGGCCUGGUGCUGGUGGCUGCUCGCCGUCCUGCCGCUGGAGAACCGAGCCCAGCUCACCAUCCUGGCCAUGACCUCCCUGAAGGAGCGCCUCAUCGCCAUUCGCAGGGUGCUCAUCUUCGUCACACGCAAGAGGCCGCGGUGAAGCCCGGCUGCCCUGAGCCAACACGAACUGGACCGGACCGGACCGGACCGGACCGGACCGGACCGGACCGGACCGGACCAGACCGGACCGGAGCGUCUGGAGCUUUUAUGCAGUUCAUUCAGUCACAAACUCAUUUCUUCCGUCAUUCAGCAGCAGCUCGGCCCGGAGCUCCGCCUUCUGACCACACAGCCCAGUUCCAAGCUGUAGACAGACUCAGCCGGACGUCUCCGGUCUCUGUGGCGUCUGUGUUGUCUGUCCGCUCAUCCAGCCACCCGUCUGUCUGUCCGUCCAUGUCCUUUCACUGGAAAUAGUUUAAGCUAUGACACAUUUCUCUGAACCGAGUGACCUCUCACCUCUCGAUCUCUACCGAGCCCGAGGUGACGCAGACAGGCCUAGCUAUGACGUCUCCUUCAAGGUCCGUUAUGGUUAGUUCAUCUGAAUCCACAAACCUUUUAUUAUGAAGGAACAAAUGUCUUUUAAAUAAACUGUGAACAGAAAGGAGCGUGAGCAGGCAAUGAAUCAAAUCUUACACAGGAAUGAAGUUCUCUUACAUAAACACGCAGCAGUAUUUCAGUGUGACUCAGAUGUUCUCUCACCUACCAAACUAUGAAGCAAAAAUACGAUCUAAGAAACAAAACAAAAACACUCUGUAUGACUGAGAAACACAGACUGAAUGUACUGGUUUGGCUGUAAUACGUGGUUGUCUUGUUUUGUUUAGUUAAGUUUUUUUUUCGUACUACUGUUACAAAAAAAAAAAAAAAAAAUCCGUUUUACAAGGUGCACACGAGGUUUAAUUCCCGUGUGCGACCCAGGAAACAGCUGCUUCUCUCAAUCUACCUGACUGAGCCAAAACCCGGAGCUUUCUCUCUCUCUCUCUCUCUCUCUCUGUCUCUCUCGCCCGCCGGGUGGGUUCAUACCUCAAGUUUAUCAGUGAUAGAAAGCAAAACGGGCGCCGUGACAGCAGCGGCGUCCAGUCGCCGAGACUAACUAACACACUAAACUUUGAAAAUCAGCUGCAUCACUGCAACGUGUUCCACUUGAUCUGAGGGGAGAUUUAAAUCAGACCCACAUGUACAUGAUGGUAUGUGGAGACAAAUUUGUAGUUGUGUUUAGGAGUACAUGUACGUAUAUAUAUAUAUAUUUUACAAAUUGAUCCUCCCAGAUGAAUCGGAUCUGGAUCUAGCUCCUCCUGUAGCAUAUCUCUGGGAACAUAGAGACUUAGGUUUAGGGUUGAUUGUGUUGUUUCAGUUCUUUUUCUCGGGGUGGGGGGUGGGGGGGGGGUCUCUCUCUGCUAUGCCCUUAAGUGUAUGUGUAUGGUGAAAUCUUAUUUUUUGGGUGAUUUAUCUGUAUAUCAAUGUAACUCGGAGGCCUUUUCAAUGUUUUAUUUAAUGAGCGUUUGAUCCUGUCUCCCUCUUUCUCUGUCUUUCUCUCUCUCCCUCCCUUUCCCCCCUCUCUUUCUCUCUCUCUCUCUCUGUCUUUCUUUCUCCCCCCCGCUCUCCUGCUCUCUCUCUCUCUCUCUCUCUCUCCCUCCCUUUCCCCCUCUCUCUUUCUCCCUCUCUCCCUCUCUCUCUCUCUCUCUCUCUCUCUCUGUGCAUCUGUGUCCUCCAUGUUUGUAACUCCACUAUUGGUCGCCCGCUCUCCGGACAGGGUGGGUGUACAAGGUGCUGCGUUUCCCUUGUAUAUUUGUAAAGGGAGAUCUUGUACCUAUUUUUUAUCGCAAAUAAAAACAAACAAACAAAAACAUACAUGCUCA